AUGGCAGAACACCGCCAUCUAGUCCAUCUACAAGCGGGACUAUUUGAUCCCCCCCAUCAAUUCACGGCCCCUCCAGGCAUAACCCUAACUCAAGAACACCAUUCAACCACAUCCCCAGAGCAGCUUCAUGCCCGUAUCCGGGAUGCCACAAUCAUUGUCUUUAGCUAUACACGCAUCGACGCCGAAGCCUUAUCCGAAGCAGUAUCACCCAAACUCAAAUUAAUAGCGGUCACUGCCGUGGGGACAGACUCGGUGGAUCUGGAAGCGUGUCGCAAACGCGACAUUCGAGUUACCAACUGCCCAGGAUCGAAUGUGGAAGCCGUAUCAAAUCAUGUCAUGGCCUUGUAUUUUGCCGCCAGACGGAAUAUCCUACGCAUGGAUCGCGCGACUAAGGAUGGCACUUGGGCUAGAUUUAGUUCGUCGUUAUCCGACGGUAUGGCAGAUCGAUAUGGGAACUGGUGUUUGACUUGCGAUGAAGAGGUUAUGGGUAUUUUGGGGUAUGGAUAUGUUGGUAAAAGAGUCGCAAAGAUGGCACAGGCUCUCGGAAUGAAGGUUUUGGUAGCCGGUCGAAAAGGCGAGACUAACCCCUCUACCAAUGGCGAUACCGACAUACAACGAACGGCUUUUGGCGAGGUUCUCAGAAGAAGCACGGUCCUAGUUAUUGCCGUUCCUCGAAUCACCGAGACUAUGAACAUGAUAUCAACCGCUGAGUUUGCGAAAAUGUCAUACAAAACAGUUCUGGUCAAUGUCGCUCGUGGAGGAAUCGUUAACGAGGUUGCUCUUUUGCAGGCACUCAAGGAUCGUACUAUACAUGGCGUAGCAACGGACGUGUUUACCGUCGAACCUGCCUCAGCAGAGACGUCACCUUUGCUGGCAGAGGGCGUAAAUGAGUUGAAUCUGACGACGACUCCUCAUCUAGCAUGGAAUGCAGAUAAGACGGCGGAAAAUUAUGCACGGAUGUCGCCUGAGAAUGUCAUGAAUUACCUUCUUGAUCAUCCGACGAAUAUAGUUGUAUAG